GUUUGGUAACGACUGGUAACGACGAUGCACGCAGGCACCGCACCGCACCGUUGAAUGAAUCAACAGCGAACGCGAAAGAACAAGAGAACACUAUAAGAACAAGGACUAAGAAGUUAAAACAGCUGAUUGUCUUGUAUCAUAUGUGUUCUGUGACCGACGAUAAUUCAUUCAAUACGUAGACACGUAAGCAUCGUUGCUCAAACUUGAUGUGUCAAAAAAACAAUCUAGAACACAAUCGACAGAGAAAAAAUAUCAUUUUCGAAGGAACUAAUGGUUCCAUUUGUAAAUCAACUAUGUUUUAAUCGGAUACAAUUUGCAAAAGCAGAUAUAUUCGAGUUGAGAAAAUGACGCAACAACUUUGCGGGAAUAAACCGGACGCGUAAAAUGUACACGUAUACGUGUUUAAUUAGACAAGACUUGGCGUUUUAUCGAGAGAAUAAAGUAAUUGGUGCGUGUGUGAGAUAAAUGGUUAAGACGCAAAUAUCGAUAUUCCCCGAUAAAAAAUUUAAAAAAAACACUUUUGUGAAUAGCAGACGUUUUUCAUAUAUAUUACAAUCUUAAUACGUGUUAUGUAUUUGAAUCAAUAAUCAAUGAAACAUGAGGCGAAUAUGGGGCACAGUGCUUGUUAUAUUUCUCGCUUUGGCUGUACAUUCAACGAGCGUGGUGGAUACUCCGGAAGAAGAGGAUGCAAGGAAGAAGGUAGCUGAUGAUUCAACGACCCGAGAUAGCAAAUUCUCCGAUGAGGAUUUAGAUGAGACAAUUCUCGACAAUCUUAAACAUCUCUUUCAACAGCUCAAAGAAAUUAAGGUACUUCACGACUCGAUGAUGAAGCUUGUACCCGCUAGUGAACUUUUUACCAAUGACAAAUCGCUCAAGGAUAAAACGAGUGAUUUGCAGAACAAAGAUCGAGUUAACGAGGAAUCCUCUACCGAUGGCCUUACCAAGAAAGAAGUUUGGGCCCAGAUCCUUGAAACUGCCAAGGCUGCUGGGAUCGAUGCAUUUUCCACUCUUUCCAGCGACGAUACUUCUGCAAACUGGGAUGCUAACAACCCAAGGGAACAGGUUACAGUUGAACCCUCUAAAGAAGAGCCGCCAGAACCUCUGAGUCCUGAACAGCAAGAAGCUGAAGACCUCUUUAAAAAAGCCCAAUAUCUAUUGAAUGCGACAAGAUCGUAUAAAGUAGAAGCUUAUAAGCUUCUUAGCGCAGCAGCAACAUUGGGUCACAAAGAAGCAAGGUCAAUGUUGGCUUGGGCCGAAUUGUUGGGAACACAAACAGGUUAUGCUUCAUCACUUGCUGGAACAACGCAGGAUAUUCCAGCUGCUCUAGAAACGUUUAAAGAGCUGGCGGACACAGGUCUACCAUCCGCGCAUAUGGGAAUUGGUUUUUUGUAUUCAAUGGGACUGGGUGGAUUGAAUGUAUCCCAAGCAAAAGCUUUGCUCCAUUAUACAGUAGCAGCACUUGGUGGUGACACGCGAGCUGAAAUGGCAUUGGGUUAUCGUUACUGGGCAGGUAUAUCAACGACUGCUAAUUGUGAGAGAGCACUCGAUUUUUACAGACGAGUAGCCAACAAAGUUGCUGAACAAGUCUCACUGAGCGGAGGCCCAGUUGUUCAACGUGUGCGUCUACUCGACGAGCAGGAAAAUCCUGAAUAUAAUUCCGGUAUUCUUGAUUACGACCUCAUUGAGUACUACCAACUGCUAGCACAACGUGGUGAUGUACAAGCACAAGUUGGUCUCGGACAGUUACAUUAUCAAGGCGGACGUGGAGUACCCCUCGAUCAUCAAAAAGCUCUUGGUUACUUUCAGCAUGCAGCUGAUGCUGGUAAUCCCAUUGCAAUGGCUUUCCUAGGAAAGAUCUAUUUGGAAGGGAGCGAUAUCGUUCAACAAGAUAACGAGACGGCCUAUAAAUAUUUUAUGAAAGCUGCUAGACUCGGAAAUCCCGUCGGUCAAAGUGGUCUAGGGUUGAUGUACCUUUACGGGCGAGGUGUCGAGCGCGACACCGCCAAAGCUUUGCGAUAUUUCAGUCAAGCUGCUGAUCAAGGUUGGGUCGAUGGUCAACUUCAGCUCGGCAACAUGUAUAUUAGUGGAACUGGCGUGCGAAGAGAUUACAAGGCGGCCAACAAAUACUUCAAUCUCGCAAGUCAGUCCGGGCACGUUCUUGCUUUUUACAAUUUGGCACAGAUGCACGCGACGGGUACUGGAAUGAUGAGAAGUUGUCCCACGGCGGUAGAGUUACUGAAAAAUGUGGCUGAACGCGGAAAAUGGAGCGACCAAUUGAUGGCCGCUCACACUGAUUAUCGAGAAGGUCGAAUCGAUCAGGCAUUCAUCACGUAUGCUUUGCUAGCAGAAAUGGGUUACGAAGUUGCUCAGAGCAACGCAGCAUUUAUCUUGGAUCGGGGAGAAACGACUAUCCUCCCUCAAGAAGAGGGUUUAGUCACGGCAUUGACCCUUUGGGCUCAUGCUGCUGCUCAGGGCUACUCCGCCGCUCAGGUGAAACUCGGUGAUGCUCAUUAUUAUGGAAGAGGAACUCGUGUCGAUUAUAAGGCAGCAGCGAGACAGUAUCGUUUGGCUUCGGAACAGCAACACAACGCCCAGGCAAUGUUUAAUCUUGGCUACAUGCACGAACGCGGCCUCGGCUUGACGAAGGAUCGACAUUUGGCUAAACGAUGCUACGAUCUUGCUGCUGAAGCGAAUCCCGAUGCAAAAAUACCCGUUGCUCUAGCUCUUGUUAAACUGUCUCUCCUUUCUGGUCUCAGUUACGUCAACGAAUUCAGUUUUAUUGAACAUCUCGACAAAUGGGAUCCGAAUAUCGUGCAAAAUUGGGAUUUCUAUCUCAUAGGAAUUCUCACGGGUCUCCUCAGUCUCGUUAUUUACUUCCGUAGACCUCAGCCGCCUCCUGGGCGAGCAGGUUUCAAUGUACCACCGGUAAACUAAUAAUUGACGGGAAGUAAUAUGUUUCUUUGAAAAAUUGUGCGGAUGACCACUCGUCAUCGACAGAAUCGACUCACUUUCUGCGUUUUUCUCACUUCAUAAUCGUUAAAAACUACUCAGAACUUCCAUUAUCCUCAACUUCAAAUACACUUCUAAUUUUUUCUUAUUGUAAUUAUGAUACAUUACAGUGAAUUUGUGUAAAAAGAGUUUAAAAAUGACUAUAAAAAGUAUAUAAACGAUUCGAGAAGUCAACAAAUUAAGUGAUGGAAAACUGAUAACUCCUGAUAUUUCAAAGUUUAUUACAGAUUGAUGUUUUAUUAUUUGUAAUGCGCAUUGGCACAGGGUUUUCCAUAUUUUCAAGAGCCGAGUUUGCAAGGCUCUAACAUCACUAGAGUAUCUCAUUUGCCCACCAGUUUAUUUUCUAAACCAAAACAUAGAGACUAAAAAUAUCACGGAAAUAAAUGUGUUGAACAAAAAAUUCACAGUUCGCAUCAGUAAAUUUUCUCCAAUUUCGUCGUGUUUCUCCUCGUGCGCGCUCCUUAUUCGCUAAUGAGGACAACGGUCAAAUAAGUAAAUUAUUUAAAAGCUUAUUAGCAUCCGUUAUACCGCCUAUUCAAUUAACGCGCGAGAAUAUGAAAUCGAAUGAAAACUCAAUGUUCAAGUCGAGUGUUUGAUUCCGUACAAAAGAUACAUUUGCGCCGUUUUUUUGCAAAAGUUAAUAUUCGCCGCGAUCACUGACAAUGAAUAAGCGUCAAAAGAGUCAAACAGCCGACUACCAAAUAGGUCUUAAUGACUGAAACGUUUGUGUUAUUUAUACUCGAGCAGAAGAGGGAAGAAGAACUGUUGAAUUAAAAGUAUAAAUACUCUGAUGUAUAUAAAUAUGGGCAGAUCUGGUAUAACUAAAAUCUGCUGAUCCAUGAAUUCAUUCUGAGAUGUUCGUGAGGCAAAAAUUACUGACUUGAGAAUAAACGAUGCAAGCUUUUGCGUUCAUAUAUGUGAUUUAUAAUGCAUGUAUGUGAUUUAUAGUGCGCCGGUCGGUACCAACCGGCACAUAAAUAAAUUGUGUGUAAUGCAAAAUAUAAAGAUGAGAUAUUUGCAACUUU